UCGGCCCCGUGCACGUCGCCUACACGCGGGGUCGCACGUAUGGUGCGUGGUGACGUUGUGGCGGCGCGGGCGCCAUCCCGGAAGCGCGAGCAAGGCCGCCAGAUGUGCAGACUGAAGACUCCCUGCCUGCCUGUUUCAGGCAGCGGAGGAGGAGGAAGAGAUGGACCCCCCGGACUCGGCCUCGAGGGUCUUCUGCAGCCGCAUCCUGAGCAUGGUGAACACAGAUGACGUCAACGCUAUCAUCCUGGCUCAGAAGAACAUGCUGGACCGGUUUGAGAAGACCAACGAGAUGCUGCUGAAUUUCAACAACCUGUCGAGCGCCCGCCUGCAGCAAAUGAGUGAGCGCUUCCUGCACCACACAAGGACCCUGGUGGAGAUGAAGCGGGACCUGGACAGCAUCUUCCGCAGGAUCAGGACGCUGAAAGGGAAGCUGGCCAGGCAGCACCCGGAGGCCUUCAGCCACAUCCCAGAGGCAUCCCUCCUGGAGGACGAGGAUGAAGACCCCAUCCCACCCAGCACCACAACCACCAUUGCCACCUCGGAACAGAGCACGGGCUCUUGUGACACCAGCCCUGACACUGUCUCACCCUCCCUCAGCCCCGGCUUCGAGGACCUCUCCCAUGUCGGGUCCAGCUCCCCUGCCAUCAAUGGCCGGAGCCAGACGGAUGAUGAGGAGACACCGGGCGAGUAACACUACUCCCUGGUGCCCCGAGGGGUCUCAGGGCAGUGGCACUCCCCUGGUGUCUGAGGUGGCAGCAGGUAACCCUGCCUGGAGAUCAGCAGCUUCGCCACCCUGUUCUGUCACCCAGGGCUCCCUGGGGGACCUGGCUCCCUCUGGGGGUGUGGAAUUCCUAGGGGGUCUGUCAUUCCUACUUCUUCCUCAUUGAGAACAUCUGUCUUUUGCAGACCCCUCUGCCAGGCCAGGGGAUGACCAGCUCAGCUGGAGUUGUUGGGCUGGGUGUGAGGGAGCUUUUCCAGAGCCAAGCUUGAGGUCUGCUAAAGGCUCCCAAAGACCAGAGCCAGAUUGCCCCUGCCCCAGUGCCCCAGUCGAGACCUCCUCAAAGCAGACCAGCACUGUCUGUCUGAGUUCACCCCAGCCCAUCCCUGCACCUACCAAUUCUGGUCUCCCUGUCCCUUCUUCCAACAAAAGUAUUGAAUACUGUCUCCAAUAGGUAUCUCAAGGAGGUUUCUGAGACAAUUGUAGAAGCCUCAAGAUGGAGGCUGGCCAUUCAGCCGCAAGCCUGAUAAAGCCUGUGUUUCUCUGACCAGAGGUGUGAACCUUGAAGGCCCAGCAGGCCUCUCCCAGGGCCUCCGUGGAGCAAGCUGAGCCACCUUGGAAAACAGAGUUAAACGGAAUAUUUUUGUACCCGAUGUAUACAGAUGCUAUUGGGAAGUUAUCAAUAAAGACUCUGUUACUAAAAAGGGAA